AUGGAGACAGGCGCUUCUUCAACAAACCGCCCGCGGACACGACAAAGGGCGUAUAAGAAGCCGCCACCGCUCGAAGUACCUCACAUCGACGAUGAUGCCGCGGAAAGGAAACGCGUGCUGAAUGUGCUAGCACAGCGCAGGUACCGUGAAAGAAAACGCCUGAAUCGCCUCCAGGCCAACUCUGCCGAGAAUGCAGAGCCACAGUCACACAACACUCAGGCAACCGGGACCACCACAGAUGAGGUUAUUGAAAUGCCGGCUGUGCCAGGCAGUACACGAGGCACGAUCCCGAGUGCCAUCAUCACCGUCCCGGUCACGGCUCAGGGCUCCGAUAUCAUGGCCGGCCUGGACCUCAGCCUCCCACCGUGGGAUCCCCUUGCCGAUGUAACGCUUACAUCCGUACUGCCGGACACGGGUGCUCUCCCGGACUUUUUGACGGAUGACAACACUGGCGGUGAGACGGUGACGCAGCCACAGCCAGAGCUACCGAUGGGCUUCACCGGAUCCGAGAGUUUCCCAUCUGUCUUUGAUACGUCUUCCUCGCUCGGCGCUGCUUCUUCAUCCUCUUCUUCGCCAGACUGGGAUUUCCCUGACAGCUAUCACCUCCCUAUCCUCGAGCUCACCCUCCUCAAGGCAGUAGUCCGUAUUGCGGACCGCCUCAACUGCAAGACUGGCCUCUGGAGCCUUGAGUGCAUCUCGCCCUUCAACACAGGCACCGCAACACCAUCAGACCAGCUUCCUGCAACAUGGAGACCGACGCCGUCACAGCUCAUGAUACCUCACCACCCCAUGUUUGACCUGCUGCCGUGGCCGGGCGUGCGGGAGCGCGCCAUCACCAUCCUGUCGCUGCCGGACGAGCUGCGGCCGCCCAGCGCGCAGGGUCCGCUGGCCAUGGUGAACUUUGCGUACGACAUCGAAGACAGCGCUGAAGGCGUGCGUAUCUACGGCGAGGACCCGUAUGACGCGUCCAACUGGGAGCUAGGGCAGGUGGCCUUUGAGCGCUGGUGGUUCCUCUUUGAUAAUAACAUCAUUGAGACGAGUAAUCGGUGGCGGAGGCUGAGAGGAGCGCCCCCGUUGUUGAUGAAGAGUGCCAGCCCAAGCCCAAGUGCUGAAGCAUCGUCGUAUACAAGUUAA